AUGUCUUCGUAUUUUGACGAAAAGGGCCUAGCUGACCCUGAUCGUCAAGAACGGAGAACGAGGCCUUCGGAGGAUAAUCCCGAUGUAUCUGUCUUCUUUGGAUCUUCUCCGAGACAAUCGCAGGCGGGGUCGUCGAGAGAACUUCCGGAAUUGAUUGAUCAAAUUUAUGCUUUGGCUGGGCGAUUUGGAAUGCUCAGGGAUCUCGUCACUGGAAGUGAUAGUCAGCAGACAUUCUUGAACAACCUAAUUACUCAACUAUUGGAGGAAGCCGGUGACAGUUCAAAAGGUCCCCCGCCAGCAAGUAAAGCGUUCAUAGAAAGUCUACCCGACGUUCCCAAAGCGCAAAUUACGCCUGAUGAUUCCUGCAUCGUCUGUGCUGAGAACUUUUCAGAGAGCAAUAAAAGUGUGACUCGUCUUCCAUCACAACACAUGUCCCAGUUGCCGACAUGA